AUGCGCGUACCAGUCACUACGGUACUCUUGCUCGCUCUCAUCUCUGACCCCAGUCUGGCCGUGCCGGCUCUGGUCGAGCGAGCUGGGGCCGAUACCGUCGCUCCUUUUCAAGGCCCUUCGGCCCUCGACGCAGCCAAGGCGCCACCAUCGUCGAAUGUAGCACCAUUCCAGGCUGCCGGCUCAUCGCCGGGUCCCUUCCAGGGUGGCCCACCAGCCGCAGCUAGGGCUCCAGACCAGGGUACACCCGGCGGCGGAACCGGUGCUGCAGGAGCGGGUGCGGGUGCGGGUGCUGGUGGUACUCCCCCCGCUACUGGUGGUGCUGGUGCUGGUGCUGGUGCUGGUGCUGGUGCUGGUGGUACUGCCCCCAAGGCUGGUGGCACGGGUGCUGGUGCUGGUGCUGGAACUGGUGGCACUCCCCCCGCUACCGGUGGUGCUGGAGCUGGUGGUAGUCCCCCCGCUACCGGUGCUGGUACUGGUGCUGGUGGUGGUGCUGGUGGUACUGCCCCCAAAUCUGGGGGCACUCCCCCCACGACUGGCGGUGGUGCUGGUGGUGCGGGUGGCGUUGGUGGUGGUGGUGGUGCUGGUGCUGGUGGAACUACUCCUCGGCCUGGCGGGACCACCCCGGCUACUGGCGGUACUGGUGGUACCGGUGGCACUGGUGGUACUGGUGGUGUUGGUGCUGGUACUGGUACGGGUACUGGUACUGGUACUGGUACUGGUACUGGUACUGGUACUGGUGGGACUACUCCCCGGCCUGGCGGGACCAGCCCCUCGACUGGUGGUGGUGCCGCGGCUCCUCGGCCGAGGCCUGCUCAACCAGGAACAAAUGGACUCCCCCCAGCCUCGGGUACGUUCCGCGGCGACCCAAACGCGAAAAACGGUAGAAAGAAGAACCGAGCCGGCCUCCUGGGUCUCUUGGGAGGAGCCGGGAACAGGGCCGGGGCGGGAGCUGGAGCCGGAGCCGGGGCUGGUGGCCUCGGCGCACUACUGGGUGCGGGCGCUGCAAGGCAGGGUGCGGGUGGUGCAGGUGGCGGCGGUCUCGGCGCACUACUAGGUGGGGGUGCUGCAAGGCAGGGUGCUGGUGGUGGUGCCGGCGGCCUUGGUGCAUUGCUGGGAGCCGCCGGCGGUGCGGGUGGUGGUGCAAGGCAGAGCGCUGCAAGACAGGGUGCAGGUGGUGCAGGUGCCGGCGGUCUUGGUGCACUACUAGGUGCCGGCGGCGGUGCAGGUGCCGGCGCAAGGCAGGGUGCCGGUGGUGCCGGCGGCCUCGGUGCAUUGCUGGGUGGUGCUGGAGGUGCUUAG